CGGAGGGGGUAAAUCAACAAAAAGUAUUAAAAUAGAAAGUAAAAAUAUGCUGAAUGUGUCAUAAAGUACAAAUUAAUUCCCGGGUAUUGAUUCUCUACAAUUGAUUCUAAAUAUGUAUCGCCUUAACGAUCGCAUCUGCAUGGUUAAAAUAGUUCGAUUUAUUUUAAUAGAUUUGUUGAUUUACUCUCUAUUGUAACCAAACGCUACACAAUUUCUGUACAUAACUAAGAAAAACGAAACGGUCAACUUCUAAUUUUGUAAAUAUAGCAUUUAGCACAGCAUUAGGUUUGACUAAUCUUUGCAAAAAAAAAACCGAAUGAGGAUGAUGUAAUCGCAGUGUGAAAGAAGUAUAACCGUUAAGAAAGUGGUUGAUGCAUUUGUAUAACAAAUACUGUAUCUAUAUGUAGCGUUAUAAUCAUUACAGUAAAUCAAACCAGUCGAACGAAGUCUAAGAUUAAUCUGUCUUAGGCUUUUUAAAUACUAUUUUUAGUACGAUAGUAACGUUGUUACUAUCUUUAUUUAUUCAAUAUUUUCGAAUCUCAUCAGGUACUAAGUUGAUUUAGUACGUGAACUUUUUUUAUAGAGAUAAUUCUUACUAUAUUAAGAGCAAAGUAUUGGAUUGGCCAUUUAGACUUUUAAAUAUUCUUAUCACACCAGAGUUUAGUUGCGACUUAUAUUAUUAAAAUGGUUUUUCUGUUUACGUACCAUUCGCUCUUUAUAUUCUGAUACGGUAAAGGUUUAUUAAUUCGGAGAAUAUAUCUGAUCUCUGCCGAUGAAUGAAAUGAGGAUGACGAAUUUUGAAACCGGCAUUACGUACAAAUUGGGAGGCAUUAUAAAUAGUAUUACAAUUAUAAACUUAAAUUAAAAACUAUAAGUUUAAUCAAAUCGUUGACAAUUUUUUUUAUUGCGAGUAGAUAAUCGUAAACGUGCAAAUUCAUUUUUACGCGGAUCAUCAAAUAUCCGAGUAACGUUAUCUGUUGAUCCGAGUGAAAUUGUAAAAGAAUUUGAUACGCGUGAUUCUCUUCUAGGAAAAGUUAUAAUCGGUUAAAUGAUGCUGACCAAGUAACUCUUUUAUAAAGUAGUAGUAUAAAAUUGCUUGGUGGUACCGUAUUUGCACAUGUGUCGUUUCUCAUUCAUCGCAGCAAACGAAUCUUAAGAUGACAAAAUAUAUAUAUUUUUAUUUUGCAAAUCGAAUGUUUACGCUUAAAGAAUAAUAAUCUUUUCAAUUAAUUAAUGAUUACGUUAAGGAAUCAUCGGCAAUAAACAUAAACGUUAUUUUCAUUCAUUCGAUUGCAUUCAAGACAUAUUCAUAGUUUAUACUUUAUAAAUCGUACUUUUAUGUAAAUUUCAUCAUUUUCUCGUGUAAUAUAUUAUUAUUACUGCAAACGAUCAUUAUACUUAACAACUAUGAAUACUGCCUCGAAAUAUUAUUUUUUGUCUCUGCCGCUGUCUGACUAUAAAUGAAAGCCUCAUUCUGCAAUUAAUCAACAGUAUUUAUCGAUAUAUAGUUAGGUUUGAAAGUGAGAGAAUCCUAUAUUUCUACUUUUUUUUAUUUGUAAAUUCGUCGCAAUACACAUGAAUAUAUUUCUUUUAUUUUUAGAAUUAAAGAGAUGAUUAAGAAUAAAUGUUUUUCAUACAUACAUUGUAAAAAAAACUGCAAAUAAUGAUGGAUGGAAGUACACUGUUUACAUUAAAUCAUCCGAGUGUCUGUAUAUUUUACGUUGGCGUUCCGUCUUUUUUGUUUUUAGCAUGUACUAUAAUAUACCGCCAGAUGGCAGUCGGCUGCACAAGUUGAAAAUUUAUUGAUUUAAACAAGGAAAAGCUUGUCUUGCAGUUCCUACGAAAAAGGAAAAAUUGCUUUCGGACUUCAUUUGAAAAUUCAACUGAAUUAUAUGAUGACGAAGUAGAUACAAUGUCCAGGCAAUUAUGUAAUUAAAAAAGGGGAACUAGUUACGUAUCAAUGAAGAAGGUAUACGAAGGUAAACAGUAGUGCGAUUACUCGUGUUACGGUAUCAAAUAAUCUUUAUUUUUCACGAUUACAUUUUUAUUUUUCCAUCUGUUAGCGAACUGCACGAUUUCCAAACGAAGACAUUGUAUUAAGAUCGUUUGGAAUCGUAUGUGCCAGUAUAAAUGAACUCUAAAUGCCGUAGUUUAAUGUACGCAAUACGAAGGAAAGUACAAAUCUACGUAGGCACGUGUAAACGUAAAGUAAGGUGUCUAAUCAAGGAUAUAAGAAGUUAUUGGGAGCAUCAAACGUUUUUAUUUAUCGCGCAGCCCUUUCAUCGAGUUCGUCUCGCGACGUAUCUACGCAGAGGAGUAUACGCAUGACAGACCACUUGGGGAUGCGUCGUACGCGCGGGGAAGCGAUGAAUUUUUAUUGUCAACUUUCGUAUCGUGUAACGUUGCGAGGAGAGCUGGGGGCUGAAGAACCAGGAUAGAAGACUGCCGCCGUGUACGUGUGCGCGCGCGCGGUCACGGAUGUACGGAUGGUGUCGGUACGUCGGUGUAGGACUACGCGCAAGUGGGGGAAGUGGGGGAGACUGGCGUAUUCUAUGGGCGGGGCCUCUGCCAGCUGGCAGAUGUUUCCCGCGCGGCCGCACCAUUCCUCUAGCGUAAACCUACGCGACGUGAAAGUAGUUCCGUUUUACCGCGUUAAAUAUUUCUAACAAUAGCUCGGCGAGCGAGACGAGUACGUGCAGCCAGUGAUCUGUCGUAAAAGUAACGGGCAGCGGACGCGCGAUCGGCCAGGGAAAACCGCGGAAAUUCGUCGUGAAACCGAGGAUGAGGUGGUGCGGGAUUGGUCCAAAGAGAGUCAUUGUCCAGGGCAGAGUGCGAUGUAGCGUUCACCCUAACCGUGUCCGCUGAAACUUUUGCGCGAGUGCCUUGAAAAUGGUUUUCGAGCUUCCGACAUCACGGAUCCCCGUGCACGUUCGCGGUUGUGUGUAAUCUGUAAAUAUAGGUAAUACUGUGUUGUGCGCGUCGGGUACGAAACCGGGACGACGAACUUUAUUCGAUUAUACUCGCGUUUCAGAUCGUCUCGCCGCGUAAAGUGUGCGCGAGUGUACUUAUUACAUCCCGUUUACGAACCAGUCGUGAAUGGUAAAGUUUAGCAUGUGCCACGUGAUGGUUUCGUUGACGUACACAUGUAAGACGAUCGUCCGCGUCAGACCACGUUUAGGAGACGAUUCAUUUGAAAUGUAGUAUCGUUUUACGAGAUACCGGAAUCAUUGUUUGCACAUAUUUUAACAAUAACUCUGCUAUUUUUUCAGUGAGAUUUAACGGUUUUCACCGAGUUCGUAAGAAAAAAUCGAUUGCUGUUACGUCAUCCAUCGCAUGUACGCGGUAUAAAUAAAUCGCGUUAAGAAGAUCGGACGGUAAAUCGAGAGUGGCGAGAAAUUUGUAAGAAUUGUGCCGAAAGAAAGAAGAGCCGCGCGAGCAGGAGUGAGGGGCGCUAGAGGGACCAUAGACAGUGACAGUACUGAAGCCGGCGGCGGAGUGAUUCGUGGUACGCUGUAGGGGCCCUCAGCUGUUUCCCGCCAAAGAUCGCCAUUACAAAACGCGUUCGGGCGUUGUGAGUGCGCCGCGCGGAGUGGCUGUCCCGUGGACGAAUAUCGGUACGCGCCACCGCGGUCUAAAAAAAAGUUUAAUUAACAGUUUCGGGGAGUCCGCGUGAAUUAUUCGUAGAUACGGGAAAAAAGGGUGCGCGUCGUUUAAAUCCGUAGGAGUGUGAGCGAGAAGCCCCGCCGUCUUGUUCGCUGCCGCGACGACGACGGCUGCUGGGGACGUGAAUUAAGCGCGGCGGGAUUUCUCAGUGCUGCGGAUCACCGAGAUAUGUCAGUGUUUGGUGGUGACGAUCCUAUUCUGCUCGAGGAAAUUGUUGAAACCACCGAGGAACAGGAGGCUACUUUGUGCGGUCUUGAAACGGUGGAGGAGGGCUCGGUGACCACGAGCGUGACGGUCGCCGAGGUCGUUGAUUCUCAGGAGCUCCAACAUCAGCAAUCGAAGAGCAACGGCGCAGUUUCCCGGCGUGUUGCUGGUCAGAACGUUGCGUUGAGCAACGGGAACGGUACCAGCAACGUCGGCCGCGUUACGCCGCGUAGCCACAUGGAGCAGGAGAAGCGUAUGCGGCGAGAAAUCGCCAACAGCAAUGAGCGACGACGUAUGCAGAGUAUCAACGCCGGUUUCCAGUCGCUUAGGACGUUGCUGCCGCACCACGAGGGCGAGAAACUUUCUAAGGCUGCGAUACUUCAGCAGACUGCCGAAUACAUUUACCAGCUGGAGCAGGAGAAGACCCAGUUGCUGUCACAAAACUGUCAGCUGAAGCGACUGGUGAAUCAGCACGAGGGUGGCGACGUCCCAAUCAAGAAACGUAAACCCGACAAUCAGGGAGGCGUCAUGGUUAGUUUGCCGAUGCACGUUAGCGAGAGCGGCGACGAAGGAUUGGGCAGCAUGUCGCCCGAACCAUUGUCGGUAAUAACUGUGACCACGGAGGGACAUUCCGUGGUCAACAGCGAGGUGGUCGAGCUCAGACGACAGUUGGAGAGGGAGCGUCACGCGAGGUUGCAUCUAGAGAAGCAGAUGAGGGCUAUACAGAGCCAAUUGUACCCAGAGAGAUUCAGGGAUAAUCAAUUGAUCGCUUAUCAGCCACACGAGGUGAUCGAGCACACGGACAACGUGAUUGCCCAGGAAACCGAGGAAGCGGUGGCCGCGCUUCAGGUAGUAUCCGUGGUCUCGUUGGCGUCUGUCGGCGCGACACAGACCGUGGAGGCGUCUAGUCCGGUCCCUAGUUCACCGCCACUGUCCCCGCAGCCGGCCGACAUGGUACCGGUCGAGAUCAAGGAGGAGGAAGUCGACUCGAGUUCACCGAAGAUCGUCACAUUCGCCCAAAACCAGGUGUUCUCCACGAUCGAAGAACAGACGACCGGGGACUCGUUCUCCUCGUCGAGUCGCGUCGCGUAUACGACGAGUACCGGCGAGUUCAAGAACGCGUCGCCUCAGUAUAUCACCACCAGCCCUAGCAGGCCGUUCUCACCAGCCGCGGAACCGCAACGUUUGCCCAGCGUGCUCGAAGCCGCGAUGAAAGCGGAACCGAAGGUCGAAGUUGAAAGGCUGCCGUCGCCGUCGAACACGCUCGACGACGGAUCACCGCAGACGAGGCUCUAUCUGGCGAACACCUCGCGACAGAACCUGGAGACGAUCGUCGAGGCGAUACGCCACCUCGAAGGGGACCAUCUGUUCAGCGACGAGCCAGCGCAGGACGUGCCGCUGGCACUGACGAACAAACAGACGGCGAACGGUUCGAGCAAGGCGUCGGCGACGUCUAGCGCCUCGUCGACGGCGAAGCAGCGGCUAUUUCCAGCCGAGUUCCUCCAGUUUCACAGGCAACAGUCGACCCAGCAGCGGCCGGGCGUGAUCGUCGUUAAGCACUCGUGAUCGAAAGGCGCGUCGCGAUCGGCAAACUGAACGCGCGGUUCGCCUCCGCUCGAGAGUAAUCACGGACGAUCUAAUUAAUCGCGACGCGUCGACAGACGUUGACAGGAAUACCUUCGACAAGUGUGCACGGUACACGUUUAUAAAGUACUAGCC